AAAUGCAAUGUAGCAUUGCAUGUGUGGAAUAUGGUGUUUUUGUUUAAAGUUAGCCAUUCAAACUAAAAUUAAAACUUAAGUAAAAUCAUGAAACCUUUGACUAACCCGGAAGAAAAGAAAACAAGAGGAAAAGUGUUUAAUGUUGCUUGGUAGUGGUUGCCAUAGAGACAGUUGUUCAACAACACCGAUUCCAUCGGCCAUUACGUUAAAAAAAAAAAAAAAAACCACACUACUGUCUGCAAACAGCGGGACGUUUUCUCUUGUUUUCCUGUCAUUUUUGUCUGUAUCAGCCAUCAUGAGCGACACAAUUUAUCCUCCAGAGAGCAUCUAUAACCUUAUUCCCAGAGAGGAAGAGAAAGCCGUGAAAGCACCCAGGUACAUGUCAAAGUUCAGAGAGCAGGUGCAGCUGGAAAAAGAGGUGAACAAAGCCCCCAGUAAAACUAUGGGACCAGCAAAAGUGGAUGUGCCGUCGCCACAGAAAUAUCUACUGAAACACUCCAAGGAGCCCAAACUCCCUGAGAGUACAUGUCCUGCAUUUGAGAAACUAUUUAAAUAUGAAAAUGAUGAGCUACAUAGUAAACCACCGAUACCUGCCAGAACAGACAAGCCGCUCAUGGGUCUCCACAGCAACAAGAACUUUAUUAAGACCAACGCUGUGGAGAACAUCAUGACGGUCCCGAAGAAACCGCAACCUGUCUAUGCUUAUACCAAGAAGGGAGACAAACAACUGUUGGAGAACUCUGGUCUCAUCCCCAAAUACAUAAAGAAGAAGGACUUUGGCCAAACUCCAGAGUACCUGCUCCAGCGCAGAGAGGAAGUGAAGAAAGCACAAGAACAAUAUGACAGCUAUAUCAAGGAGCGAAUGAGAGAAGGGGCCAUGAAACAGCUUUCAGGCGAAGAACGCCGCAAUAUCCUGCAGGCUCUGAAGAAGAACUGGGACGAGCUUCAUCACCAGUACCAGGGACUCUCUGUUGUCACAGACACAGCUCCAAAAAAAUACAGGAAGGAGCGUCUGGAGCAGGAAAUGAAGCAGCUGGAGAAAGAUAUUGAGCUGAUUGAGCGACACAAAACCAUCUACAUUGCUAAUAACUGAGCAUGAUGUUAGCUAGUCGCCCUCAAUUCAGCAAAUAUCCAAGAGCAACGUUUGAAAUGGGCAAAACUGCCAGUGUCUUUGCUUGUCCUCUCUUAUUGGUAGUUCAAAAAUAUUUUGAAAGGCUUUACAACAAUACGUCUGAGUACAAUAAAGAUCUCUUUAGAUCAACUCACUAGUCUCUGAGCGAUUUCAUCCAUUUAAACUCAACAUGAAAUCAAAAUGAACCACAUUUAUUUUCUUAAUAUUGUAUGUUUCUCGUCUUGUUCACGAUUCAUCAGUGAAUAUUAUAAAAAAAAAUAAUAAUGUCUUAACGUUUCAUCAGAACAUUUAUCACCAAGGCUGCAUUUAUUUGAUCAUGAAUGAAUUAAUUAAUAAAUAAAAUCUGACAAAGAUUUCA